AUGCUGUAUCGGACGUACCCGCGUAACGAGCUCCAAGAUGAGCACCGGAAGGAAAUUGACGAAGCAUGGAAUCUCUUCGACAUGAACCAGGACGGUAAGAUCGACUUUCAUGAAUUCAAAGUGGCGCUUCGAGCGCUUGGCUUCGACGUACAAAAAUCCGAAAUCAGACGCUGGCUUACGGAAAAGGGGGAUGGCAACUACAUUGUCCAGGCUCAGUUUGAGGAAGUGGCCUCCGAGCUUAUCAGAAACCGCACCCCCGAAGAAGAGAUCGGGCGAGCGUUCACGUUAUUCGACCGUACGGGCCGGGGCAAGAUCCUGUUUGACGAUCUCAAGCGAGUGUGCCUGGAAGUGGGGGAAAACCUUCCUGACGAAGAGCUUCAGGCGAUGAUCGAUGAGUUCGACAUCGACGGCGAUGGUUUUAUCAACAAGGAAGAGUUCGCAAAAAUUUGCAAGGACUGGCAAUAA